GUCACAAACACGUUGUGUCAAACUCCAGCGACUGAUCAUCGUCAGCUGAAUGCUUUGUUUACAAAAUGUCGCAACCGGCGUGUGUAUUACUUUUGAGUGGAAAGAGAAAGUCUGGGAAAGACUUUAUUGCAGAUCGACUCCAAUGCAGGAUUGGACCUGAAGUUUGUCAGAUUCUGAGGCUGUCUGGCCCUUUGAAGGAACAAUACGCUCUGGACAACGGACUAGAUUACCAGCAACUGCUUGACUCAACCACCUACAAAGAAAUGUACAGAGCCAAAAUGAUAGCAUGGGGAGAAGAAAAACGAUCGGCGGACCCGGGUUUCUUUUGUCGUAAAACAAUCGAAUUAGCCCAGCCAGAUCGAAAUAUUUGGAUAAUAUCCGAUGCACGACGAAAAACGGAUUUAGCGUUCUUUAGUGAAAAUUACCAAAAGGUUCUAAGAACAAUACGAAUGACAUGCUCGGACGAUGUCAGAAAGCAGCGCGGAUUCAUUUUCACACAAGUCGAGAUCUGUCCUCCCUCCUCGGACAUGUCCCCCACACCGUGUGAGGACGAGUGUUCGAGUCAAGCUGACUGCCCCUAUCCCCUAGUCUGCUGCCCGGGUGGAUGCACACAAGGCCGACCUAAAGACGACAGAACGUACCACGCAUGCGUGUACCCAGACAUCUGCGCCACCGGCGUCUGCAAGCACGGCGCCACUUGCAUCCGCGGACAGGGUCUGGAGUACGAGUGUCUGUGUCCGCCAGGACUCGAAGGUCCCAACUGUGACACAGAUAUUGAUGAAUGCUUGAGUCAACCGUGUCAACAUGGCGGUCAGUGUAUCAACCUCCUAAACGACUAUACAUGUUGCUGUCCUCCAGACUUCACAGGCAAAUCGUGUGAAUCAGAAAAUAUCUGCAAAGCCCGACAAGACCCGUGUUUCGGUAAAAAAUGUAGCAAGUACACGGAAGCCAAGUGUGACGUCACGGCGUCGUUUUCGUUGAUGAAGAAUGGAAAGACCAAGGACGUCACCGACCAGUGCAAUAAUGGAAACAACUAAGAACAUGGGCCACGUGAUCUGUCAGUGUGUGUGUGCACAAUCUUACAAACGAUAUAGUGUCAUAAAUACACUGCAUUGAUACAAUUAAAGUCAAUUAAUCCAUAUCUCUAUUUCAUUUAAAAACGGAAUAAAAGUUAAUUACGUGCGGCUUGUAAAGAGUGAGCUAGGUUUUUAAAUCACCAAUUAGAUCUAAUUUUCGCGUGGGUAUUGAAAAUUAUAAAAUCUCAAAACAUGGUAAGGUUCUAAUUAACGAUGAUAAAAACUCGUGAAAAAAAGUGUUUGGUGCUUUUUCUAUAGUCUAACCCUUUUCCUAUGGGCUGUAAAGCUGUGGUUUCCUUUAACAGCAUAUAAUAUGAAAGAAAUAACUGCUUUUUCGCCAACAAAAAUGUUAUUUAAACAGUUAGCAACACUUCAGAAAACACCGACAAUCAAUUGAGACGUCAGUUAGCUGCAUGUCAGCGACUGACGAUAAGAACUGUCAAAAUGUUCUUUGUUUUAAUAAACUUUUCCUCACGGCAA